GCCGUACUUUAACUUAAAGCAAUUUGAUAGAGCAUUUUAUGGCUUUCAUUAAAAGAGAGCAUCACGAACAACGGCUAACGUCUUGUGCUGUUGUAACGAGAACGAAUUUAUUUCGAAUUUAUUUAAUUAUAGGUACACCUACUAGCAUUAUCGUUAAUUUUGUCUAUUAAGGCAUAGAAGAAAUAAAUACAUAAUACAUAAUGUGGGCACUAAAAGCAGCAACAUUUUUAACAUUGGCCUAUUUCGUCCUUGGAGGCCAGGAUUUAGACUAUGGUUUCCAACUGAUGAAAUGCGCCAAAAUCGCCAUUACACAAGGUAUUCCCGAAUUGAACGUUCCUGCUCACACCCCAAUUCACAUUAGAUCAAAUCUAUCUUGGUCCGGAGACAUCGGCGUAGCAAAAAUCAACAUUAACCUGACCAAUGGAGUGUGGUACGGACUACCAGACUGGGAACUUUCAGCCAACCAAACCACCGAAGACGGCAGCACAUUUAUCGGUUACGAUUUCAAAUUGCAUUGGCAGAAAAUGAACAUGAGCUUCGACUACGCCCUCACCACAAACGAGCUCAUCUUCAAACAAGUCCAACACGGACAUAUGACCUUGAAAUGGGCCGAUACAGCCUGGACGGGAAAACUUAACGUCACCAGACCUGGGCUCAGCAACGUAGCCGAAAAAGUCAACGAGGCUCUUAUCGAUUGGACUGUGGAAGAUCUCGACGUUAGCCUGACAGGUCUAGGUCUCUUCAAUGGUCCUUUCGCCACUGCCAUUGGAACUACCGUGAAGAACGGGCUGAACUUGCAUUUGGUGGGUAACGCUGUGGGUGAUUUCAUUCAGAUGAGGCUGAACACGAUUUGGUGGAGCACUGGCAAAGUAUGGAAGCUCACGCAAUGGUGCCAGAAAUUGCACGAAAGUCAAAAUUAUUAAAUUAAAUCAGUGCGAUAAUUUCGUUGUUAAACUAAACUAUUGCUAAAAUGUUACUUGCGAUAAAUCUGUAAUAAUAAACGCUCUACUUGCAAUUAAAUUU